UACGACACUGUCCAAAACCUGAAAAUAUAGAAACAUUCAUGUCAUUGUCCUCUCCUAGAAGACAAUGACAUUGACCAAAUCGAAACAAAUACAGUGGCACCUCGGAUCACAUAUAUAAGAUGCUGAACAUGGUAAUCUUACUCUCAGCAAGCAGCAGCUAGCGCUGAUCAUGGCACCCCACCUCUCCUCCCUCGCUGCAUCCGCGGGCAUAUGUGUAGUCUCAGCUCUCGCCAUAGCCCUGUUGGUGAUCACCCUCUACAUCAUUGGCAUUAUUGUAUCCUUUGCCGUCUUCUGCAUCAGAGAGUUCACCCAGAGAGCCCAUGACCGGCCGCCGCUCAUCGGGACCGUGUUCCGGCAGCUCAACAACUUUGAUAAGAUCUUCGAUGAGCAUGUCAAGUAUGCGCUCAUGCACCCUACCAUCAGGCUCGUCUAUCCUGGGCACAGUGAGAUCUUAACCGCCGACCCUGCCGUCAUCGAGCAUGUCCUCAAGACAAACUUCAGUAAAUACAGCAGGGGGGCCUUCAACACAGAAAUCGUCAAGGAUCUCUUUGGAAAUGGGAUUUUUGUGACAGACGGGGACAAGUGGCGACACCAGAGGAAGCUAGCAAGCCACGAGUUCUCAACCAAGGUGCUACGCGACUACAGCAGUAAUGUUUUCAGAAUGAAUGCUGUAAAACUGGCAGAGAAGACCUCAUCUGCUGCAGCUAACAGAAUUACCAUAAACAUGCAGGACCUUCUGAUGAGAACAACUAUGGAUUCAAUAUUCGAAGUGGGGUUCGGUUUUGAGCUUAACACGCUAUCUGGAUCAGAUGAAUCCAGCAUUGAAUUCAGCAAGGCCUUCGAUGAGGCAAAUUCUCUUGUUUACUAUCGGUAUGUUGAUAUGUUCUGGAAGCUGAAAAGGUAUCUUAAUAUCGGGUCUGAAGCUAAACUGAAAAAUAGCAUAAAGAUAAUUGACCACUUUGUGUUCCAGUUGAUCCAUCAAAAGAGAGAGAACAUGAAAAACAUAAGUGGCCAUAAAGCCAGAGAUGAUAUACUGUCAAGAUUCAUACUGGAAAGUGAGAAGGAUCCUGAGACGAUGAACGAUCGUUACCUUCGUGACAUAGUCCUCAGUUUCCUGAUUGCUGGUAAAAACACCACAGGGAAUACCCUUACAUGGUUCUUCUACAUGCUCUGCAAGAACCCAGUAGUGCAGGAUAAGGUUGCCUUUGAAAUCAGAGAAUAUGUUGAGUGGGCGCAAGAAGAUACCAGCAUGCAAAUGUUCACUGCAAGAUUGAAACAAGGUGCUAUUGACAAAAUGCACUACCUCCAUGCUGCGAUUACUGAGACUCUCCGGCUGUAUCCUGGUGUUCCGGUGGAUGGUAAGAUGGCAGAUGAAGAUGAUGUACUGCCAAAUGGCCAACGAGUAAUAAAAGGAGAUGGAAUGAACUACAUGAUUUAUGCCAUGGGGAGAAUGAAAUACCUUUGGGGUGAGGAUGCCGAAGAAUUCAGGCCUGAAAGAUGGCUUGUGAAUGGAGUCUUCCAGCAAGAGAGCCCUUACAAGUUUAUAGCUUUCAAUGUAGGACCUCGUAUCUGCUUGGGGAAAGAAUUUGCAUACAGACAGAUGAAAAUUGUGGCCGCUACACUGAUACAGUUCUUCAGGUUCAGACUGGAAGAUGAAUCCAAGGGUCCAAUAUACAAAACAAUGUUUACUCUCCACAUGGAUAACGGCCUCCAUCUAUUUGUGUACCCCCGUGAAAUUUAAGCUUGGACAUCAGAACAAGCUACUAGAUCCUCUGUUGUUCCACUGAACUAUGUAUGUUAUCAACAUCUACCUUUUCAAGUUGUAAAAAUAAAUGUCACCGGUUGAAGUUAAAUCCUGGUUAGUCAGAUUAUCCGUACUAUUUACCUUUGCAAGAAACAGAGUAAAUUAAACUGUCAGAAUUUCCCGCAAAAAAAAAAAUUUAAACUGUCAGAAAGCAGAGAGAUAUCCAGACUGGUGUAAUGUCAA